CACUUCAGUGUUCCUUCCAUGAAACCUGCCGACGGCAAUGGAAUCCGAUUUGAAUACGAGUAACGGACACGAAUAUGUCUGCUUAUGAAAUUAUUAAUAUUUAUUAUUAAAACGUUAUUGAAAAAUACAGUCUAUCGAUGAAAUCAAUACUAAGUUAUGAUACAUAUCUUUAAUUGUAAUGCUAUGUGGCUUGUCACAGUGAUAAACGGAAUAUAAUAGAGAAUUUGUUUCUAAGUAUUGAGUGACGGUUACACUGAAGAAAGGAUUGUCAGCCAAAAUGCCACUUAAUUCUCGAUUAUGACGAGUUGGUAAAACUGGGUAAUCAAUAGGCAUUUGCAAAGAUUUAAAACAUUUUCAGGUAAUUAACACCCUUUUGAGGUGAAGGCCAUAAAAAAUAAUCCCACUCUUGAUUGGAUUCUAAUGACGGAUUAACUUUCAGCAGACGUUUAUUGGCUUUGAGAGAAUCUCUCCUAAUCAUGUGCACUCAUUUCCUGUGAAUUCUUUCACAUUUCUCCCAAAGCGCUACACAUAUUUUCUAAAAUGUACAAAAUAAAAACUUGUAGAAAUUAUCAUGCCUUAUGUGAAUGAAUGGUCCCGGGUUCAAUCCUCACCUUCUGAAUGCUGUGAGCGAUUGACUCGGCAAGGGAAAUAAAAAGACAUUUUUAAUGCCAACAGACGAAACUGACUGUUGAUUUCCAACUUGAGGUUAGUAAAACUUCAAUGGAAAUGUUUCCCUUGGCCAGAAAAAAAGGAAUAUAAGGAAAGCAUUCAUUCAUGUGUUGGGAGUUAUUUGGUCAAUUGACACCCGCAAAACGCAAUAAAUCUAAUUGGCCAUGGACAAAGAUAUAACAAAUGAGUAAAAAUACAUGGAAAUAUCAAGGAAAAGAACUGGAUUGUUAUGGGGGGAAGCAAUUUUCUGGGGUAAUCAUAGGCUGCAUCGGAUAAAGAGCCUCACGGACAAGUCCAUCAGCAAGACAAUGCCGCCAGCAAAUCAGCAACAACCCACAAACUAAUAAAGAUGACUCAUGCAUCUGCCCAGCCGGAUUGGACAUCCAGAAUGAGGACAAUUCCAUUCAUGGCGACCACGGCGAGCACAGGAAAAACGCAUCACAACGUUCGGAACACAAACGAAAAUCGUUCAGCAGAGCUUGAGGAAGAUAAAAGGCCACCAACCAAAGAUCUCCACGCUCCCGAACUUAGAAAUUAAGGAAUUAACUGUAUCUAUCUAUAUGAAUGAAUACAUAUUCUUUCUUAGAUUUCAAUCCUAUAAGAAAAAGUUGGUUUUUCACUUGGAAGCUAUUCUUUUGCAAGUAUCCUAUUGCUUUUAUUUAUGUAAAUAUCAAAAUACUUCUAGUCUGGAAAUAUAUCAAGGAAAGUUAAGUAAAGAGUGUGUCCUCAGUCACAAAUUUCAUUUGCAAAUACUUAAACUCCGCCCCAUUGUGCUUAUGGUGCUUAUAAUGGGGUGUGCCCAAUCUACCUGAUUACCAAGUGAAUACCUGGAAAAGUCAUUAAGGAGAUCGCCUCGAUCCUUUUCCGUGCGGUCAUAGGCUGUGACCCUUUCGGGUCAAAGGUAUAAAUACGACCCACUUUGCCUCAGAGGUUCAUACCCCAAAGAUCUUCUGAAGUAAACAGAUCGUUCUUAAAGUUACUCUUGUUGUUCCUUGUGUUGUGCAAACCAGUAAAAGUUUAACAUGGCGAACACCAACAACUCUGAAUAUCGUGAGAAUCCCAGUCCGGGUUCAAGUCAUAGUUCAAGUGAUUCAUCCAGUCGCUCUGAAACACCAAAGCAUCGAGAGAAUGGACACCGAAGCCCAGGACCCGUGCCGGAUCGAUGGCUUCACUGUCCUAGGAAAUCAGAUGGCUUUAUAGCGGACAGAUUUCUGGCAUUCAAGACGCCUUUGGACGAGCGCUUCGACUCCCAGCUUCCCGUCGAGGCAUACUUCUCGCCGGAAUUGGUGAUGCAGAGCCUCCGCGUGCAGAAGAGACGCCUGGGCUUGUGGAUUGACCUGACCAACACCACGAGAUUCUACGAUCGUCGGAUUGUGAAGAACUUCAAUGCGAAGUACGUGAAGCUGCAGUGCCGAGGACACGGAGAGACGCCAUCGAAGGAGCAGACAAAUAUGUUUAUUCAACUUGUGGACAACUACCUCGUGACUCAUCAAGACGACAUCAUUGGCGUGCACUGCACCCACGGAUUCAACCGCACGGGCUUCCUGAUCGCGUGCUAUCUGGUGGAGAGACUGAACUUCUCCGUAGAGGCCGCAAUAGGAUGCUUCUCCGACGCUCGACCGCCUGGAAUCUACAAACAAGACUACAUAGAGGAGCUCUUCAGACGCUACAACAACACCGAUCAAGUUCCUGACGCACCAGCGCUUCCAUCCUGGGACAAUGUGCCGAGACCCAAGCGACGCCGAGAGUCAUCCAGUCCCUCCGAAGGCGACGAUUCACCAUCGCAGCGCAAGAAGAGACGUUUGUGUGCCGAUGCCAAGUUCGUCGAUGGCAUCAGUGGAGUGGAAUUGAUGUUGGAUCGUAAUCUAGUGAACCAACUCCAGGACAAGUGCCGUGAAAUGUGCAACUACAGCGGCGAUGGUUUUCCGGGGACUCAUCCCGUAUCACUGAGUGCGCGCAAUCUCACAUCCUUCAACGUGAGGCCCUAUCGAGUGUCGUGGAAGGCCGAUGGCACGCGCUACAUGAUGCUGAUCCUGGACCAAGGCCAAAUCUACAUGUUCGACCGAGACAACAACUGCUUCAAGGUGAACAAUCUCACGUUCCCGCAUGCGAAGAACUCCAAUGGCCACUUGAAGGACACGCUUCUCGACGGCGAAAUGGUCCUGGACAAAGUCAACGGCGCAACAAUUCCACGCUUCCUCAUCUUCGACAUCGUGUGGUUCAACGGGAAAAACGUCACGGAUAUGGACUUCUUCCCAGACCGCGGAAGCAUCAUCGACAGGGAGAUCAUCGGGAUUCGGGCAGACUACAUUGCGCACGGCCACAUCAAGAGGCAAGAAGAGCCAUUUGGAAUUCGCAUCAAGCACUUCUGGGACGUCGCCGAUACAGGACUCCUGCUGCAGCCAAAGUUCUGUGACAGCCUCUCACACGGCUCCGACGGACUUGUGUUCCAGCCCAAGUUCGAGCCCUAUCGCUCUGGACGGUAUCCUUAUGUGCUGAAGUGGAAGCCGCCGCAGCAGAACUCCGUAGACUUCCGGCUGAAGAUCAUGCACGACGGCAGGACUUCUAGGGCUUUUCUAUAUGUCACGCAGCACAAAGGACCCUUCGCCGAGAUGCGCUACUCCCGUACCAUCCGGCAUUUCAACAACAAGAUCAUCGAGUGCAAGUUCGAGAACAACGCCUGGGUCUUCAUGCGAGAGCGCACAGACAAAUCCUUCCCCAACAGCUUCAAUACGGCUCAGGGCGUCAUCGAAUCCAUCCUUCAUCCGGUGACCACAGAGGUUUUGUUGGACUACAUCAAGAACCACCGAUUCAACCUAGACUAGUGCCUAUAAUCCUUUGGAAUAAAAAUUGUUAGUUUUAAGAGUUAGAUUAGUACAAUUGUGUUGACUAUUGUGGAGAAUAUCAUUCUCAAUUUCAAUCAUUUCUCAAUUAAGCAUAGAUAUUUUUAAGAUUGCAAUGUAUUUCAUGGAGGAUUUUUCAAAGUGGAAAUGUAAGAAGCAAAUUCAAUGUGUAUAAGCAUUAUAAAUGGAAAAUGUUAGACUUAGAAGCUUGUAAUCACUGUUAUUUUGUAAUAUAAAAAAUCUUUUAAAUUAAUGACGUUGUUUUCGAUAAGGGAAUCUCAUCGUGUUUGUUUGCUCUCCAAACUUGUUUCCAACAAACCAU